CGCGGCCGCGGUAGCGGCGGCGAGCCCGGAGCCGGAAGUGCCACGUGUCCCGAUUGCGCCUGCGCGGCUAGCGGCUGACAGGCACUUCCGGCCGGGGCCUCUCUCCUCUAUCGCUAGGCUGCCGCCUUCCAGCCCGGCGUUCUCGGCCCCACCGGUCCGACUCCCAAGCCUCAGCUCCCAGGCCAAGCCGCGGCCGCUCGCGGGCUGGGAAGAAUGCCGCGCCAUGCCUAGGGCAUGAUGCGCCGCCCUCUCUCCUCCUCGCCUCAGUCCUGAGUCGGUGGUUCCUUCCCUCCGCUUCUAGCAGUCGUUUCUCAGCUCUUCGUUUGGCGCCGUCGCAGACCCCGACCAUCCCCUUCCAACCCCGACGCGCACCGUCGUCAUGUCCCAGCCGGGGAUACCGGCCUCCGGCGGCGCCCCAACCGGCCUGCCGGCCCAGAACAGGGCCUCCUCGGCCUCGGGGUCUCUCUACACCAACGGUCCUGUCCAAAAUGCACUGAUGUCUUCACAAGUGUCAGUGAACGAAGGAUAUAAUUCUCAGCUUCCAGGAUCCUACCCUCAUCUAAUACCAGCAAAGACAUUGAAUCCAGUCUCUGGACAGUCUAACUAUGGUGGUUCUCAGAAUGUUUCUCCGUUAAGUAUUUAUCAGGGACCUGGGCAGACUCUUUAUAGACCACCUGUGGCUUCUAAUCCAGUGACACCUUCACUUCACAGUGGUCCUGUUCCCCGAAUGCCACUACCUACUUCUCAGAACCCAGCUGCUACACCAAUGCCUUCUGGUAGCUUUCUUCCUGGAGCCAUUGUACAACCACCUUUGAAUUGGCAGUAUAACUAUCCAUCCACAGGAUCACAGACAAACCAUUGUCCUCGUGCAUCAUCCCAACCAGCUGUAUCUGGGAAUACAAAUUUGACAAGUCAUCAAUAUGUUUCUUCUGGAGAUCCUUCACUUCAAAACAACUUCAUAAAAUCAGGUUCUGCACCCCCCUUAGUGAACCCACCUCUGCCUACCACUUUCCAACCAGGAGCUCCUAUUGGGCCCCCUCCAACUGGAGGACCACCUCCAGUGAGGGCACUCACGCCUCAGAAAUCAUCACAUAGAGCUGUGCCCCAGCCCUCAUAUAAUUCAGCUGUCAACCAAGAAGGUAUUACAUCAAAUACCAAUAAUGGAUCUAAUGUGGUUCACAAUAGUUAUGAUGAAAUUGAAGGCGGUGGCUUCUUGGCAACACCACAGCAUGCUAACAAGAAUCCCACUAUGAGUGUUGGGUAUUCAUAUCCCUCCUUACCACCUGGUUAUCAGAACACAGCACCACCUAGUACAACUGGAAUGCCACCCUCUUCCUUGAAUUACUCAAGUGGGCCACAGGGCUUUACUCAGACUCCCUUAGGUGCUAAUCAUUUAACUGCGAGCAUGAGUGGAUUAAGUCUACAUCCAGAGGGGCUAAGAGUUAUCAAUCUUCUUCAAGAAAGAAAUAUGCUUCCAGCAACACCUUUGCAGCCUUCUGUUCCAAAUUUGCAUGAAGAUAUCCAGAAACUCAAUUGUAACCCAGAGUUAUUUAGAUGCACACUGACUAGCAUUCCUCAGACUCAGGCCUUACUGAAUAAAGCCAAACUUCCUUUGGGACUGCUGCUUCAUCCUUUCAAAGACCUAGUGCAAUUGCCUGUGGUUACCUCCAGUACAAUUGUGAGAUGCCGCUCAUGCAGGACAUACAUCAACCCUUUUGUCAGCUUUCUGGAUCAAAGGAGAUGGAAGUGUAACUUAUGUUACCGAGUCAAUGAUGUUCCUGAAGAAUUCAUGUACAACCCUUUGACUAGAGUUUAUGGAGAACCUCACAGAAGACCUGAAGUUCAGAAUGCUACUAUUGAGUUUAUGGCUCCUUCAGAAUACAUGUUACGACCACCUCAACCUCCAGUGUACCUCUUUGUAUUUGAUGUAUCUCACAAUGCAGUUGAAACUGGAUACUUGAAUUCAGUUUGCCAGAGUUUGUUGGACAAUCUGGAUUUGCUUCCUGGCAACACUAGGACAAAAAUUGGCUUCAUUACAUUUGAUAGUACAAUCCACUUCUACAGUCUUCAAGAAGGUCUCGCUCAACCUCAGAUGCUAAUCGUUUCAGAUAUUGAAGAUGUUUUUAUACCUAUGCCAGAGAACUUAUUAGUAAAUUUAAAUGAAAGUAAAGAGCUCGUUCAAGAUUUACUGAAAACAUUGCCACAAAUGUUCACCAAGACCCUGGAAACCCAGAGUGCCUUGGGUCCUGCACUUCAGGCUGCCUUUAAGCUGAUGUCGCCAACUGGUGGUCGAAUGUCCGUCUUUCAAACACAACUUCCUACUCUUGGAAUGGGAGCCCUGAGGCCACGAGAGGAGCCCAACCAAAGGUCAUCUGCUAAGGAAAUUCACUUGACACCAUCAACUGACUUUUACAAGAAAUUAGCCUUGGAUUGUUCUGGUCAGCAGGUAGCUGUGGACUUAUUCCUUCUCAGUGGGCAGUAUUCUGACUUGGCUUCUCUGGGUUGUAUUUCUCGGUAUUCAGCAGGUAGUGUGUAUUACUAUCCUUCUUACCACCAUCAGCAGAAUCCAGUACAAGUGCAGAAAUUCCAGAAGGAACUACAGAGAUACCUCACUCGAAAGAUUGGCUUUGAGGCAGUCAUGAGGAUUCGGUGCACGAAAGGUCUUUCCAUUCAUACUUUCCAUGGGAACUUCUUUGUUAGGUCAACAGACUUACUGUCUUUGCCUAAUGUAAACCCAGAUGCUGGGUAUGCAGUACAGAUGUCUGUGGAGGAGAAUCUUACGGACACUCAGUUGGUUUCCUUUCAGUCUGCACUCUUGUAUACAUCCAGCAAAGGUGAAAGAAGAAUUCGUGUUCAUACUUUGUGUUUGCCUGUAGUUUCAACUCUGAAUGAAGUCUUUCUUGGAGCUGAUGUUCAAGCAAUUUCAGGGUUAUUGGCCAAUAUGGCUGUUGACAGGUCAGUGACUGCCAGUCUGAGUGAUGCUCGGGAUGCCCUGGUGAAUGCUGUCAUAGACUCUCUUUCAGCUUAUCGUUCUUCAGUCCUAAGUAACCAACAGCCUGGACUCAUGGUUCCUUUUUCUUUGCGGCUUUUCCCACUCUUUGUGUUGGCUCUCCUUAAACAGAAAUCGUUUCAGACUGGGACAAAUGCACGUCUAGAUGAACGCAUUUUUGCCAUGUGUCAAGUGAAAAAUCAGCCCUUGGUUUACCUUAUGCUCACAACUCAUCCCAGUUUGUAUAGAGUCGACAAUCUCUCAGAUGAGGGAGCACUCAGCAUCAACGAUCGCACCAUACCUCAGCCACCUAUUCUUCAGCUUUCCGUGGAGAAGCUGAGCAGGGAUGGAGCUUUCCUCAUGGAUGCAGGCUCUGUACUGAUGCUUUGGGUUGGAAAAAAUUGUGGACAAAAUUUUCUCAGCCAAGUUCUAGGAGUUCAAAACUAUGCAUUAAUUCCACAGAUUAUGACAGACCUUCCAGAACUUGAGACACCAGAAUCUGCCAGAAUAAUAGCAUUCAUCUCUUGGCUUAGAGAGCAGAGACCAUUUUUCCCCAUACUUUAUGUAAUAAGGGAUGAGAGUCCAAUGAAAGCAAACUUCCUUCAAAACAUGGUAGAAGACAGAACAGAAUCUGCAUUAUCAUACUAUGAAUUCCUCUUGCAUAUACAACAACAAGUGAACAAAUGAACAAAUGAAGAUAUUUGACUUAAAGUCAUGAUUAUGCAGUACACCUGAGAAUGUGUAAUACUUUCCUUUUCUAUUAGGUUUGUGGACUAAUGUGAUGAUUGUAUGUUCUCACUGUGAUUUCAACAAACUAUAGCAAAUAAAGGACCACAGCAGAGAAUCAAACAUGCUACUCUGAAAUACUGUAUUUUUCAAAUCAAAAUAUAUCUACGUACAUUUGAUUGGUUACUUUUUUCCUUUGCUGCCAAUAACGUUUGAAUUGUUAUGGAUUGAAAUAGGAUGAGACAAUAUUGCAGAGGCAAAGUACAUUUUGUAAAAUAAAGACUUCUGUGUUUCAAAUGUAUAUUUCUCAUUUUUUCCUGAAAUUUUGGCUGCUACAUCUACAACCUCACAAGACUUAAGCGUUGCAGGGAUGUUACAAAUCCAUUGAUAAAUGAUCUUUUUAAAAUCCAAAAAAUUUCAGAAGUAAAUAGUAUGUAGAAAAGCUAGAACCCAUCCCCCACACCUGUUUGUUUUUGUUUUUUUUUAAGGAAGAAAAAGGAUCAUCAUGUUAACUAAAACUAGAGUAAACUAACUCUAGACUAGUUUGAGAAGAAUAUGAAUAAUACAGUUGAGCUUUAAAAUCUGUCAGUAUUCUCUAUACUUGAAGAACAAAGUCACUUUGAUUUAAAGUGAAAACUAAUUAAGUGGUUUUCUGAUUUGACUGCAGAAGACUUGGUUGGACCCAGUAUCAUAUUCUGCAGUGAAAAGAAUUAGCUGUCUUCAUAAAUACAUUGGGACUGGCAAUGAUAAUAGGGAGAUGAGAAACUUUGGUUAUCUUGAUCCUUGAAGUGGGCUUUGGUUCAUUUCUGCUCUGUGAUGUAUAAUAAAAGUGGUAUAUUGGUGAAUUGAUGAAUUAAAUUAAAGGUUUUUAAAAUUCUGUCUCAAAUGCAUAACAUUUUUCUAAGGAGUUUAAUAAUUGGAAGCCGCUCAUAAGAUAUUUAUUCUUGGAUAUUAAACUUAUUAAAGCAUGAAUGCUGCUGUUUGAUUUGGUGGAUAUUAAGAUUACACAAAUCCAAUAUAUUGAAGUUAUGGUAGAAAUGUGAUUUCUGAACAUGCUCAAGAGACUGCUUUUUUGAUUGAGCCAGAGAAAUAUUAUAGUCAAAACCAUUGAGUGGAUUUUGUUUACAAAUAGGUAAAUUAUACAUUUGUAUAUUUUAAGUGCUGAGAUAGGAUAUCUUUAAAAGAGUUUGGCCCAUUUUUCACAGAUUCACCUUGUCUUGUAUGAACUUCUUAACGUAAAAGUUGUUCAUGUGUAAUACUUGAUGAAAAGAUUUUUGUUUCUUUGUUUUAAUGGGUUAGAAAAAUGUGUUUACAAUCUUGGUCUCAUACGAUCACCAAUGAAAUAGUAACUUUCAGGUUUACAUCAGUAUGAGCUGACUUUAACUGAGUUGUUUGGGGAUAGGGAAGAAUCAGGUCCCAUUAGAGUAUACACUACUGCUUGACUGCUGGAUCAGACUAAUUGUUUGGGUUUUAUAGGAAUAUCAUCUCCCUUAAGCAGUAUUAAGGUUUAUCUUCAGUAUGCGAGUGGUACAUUGAACUGGAAAUUUUCUUGAAAGCUGCUUCAUUAUUAUUAGGAAGCAAUUUUCAAGUUGUAGCAAAUUAAAAAGAUUUAUAUUUUCCCCUCUUUUAAAGAAACAGAGUCAUCCUUGUGCACUGAUGUUUCUUAAAAUAACUGAAAUUCUUGUGCUUGCUUCGGCAGCACAUAUACUAAAAUUGGAACGAUAUUAAAAUAACUGAAAUUCUCUUCUUAAUGUGAAUUGUAAAUGUUGAUAUUUGUAGGUCCUUUCUUAAUAGUAGAGAAGAACCUUCCAGAGGGAAAAAUUUGUGCUUCUAGGGACAGUGAUCUUCCUUGUGCCUCACUUUAGAACCCUAAGUGGGUAUGACUCUUGUUAUUGCCACAUGCUUUGUUAGUAUAUUUCACAAAUUUACUUCUAAAAUUUCACUUUAAAAAUUAUUUUAGAUAGUGUAUAACAUGUGCAAUCCAGAAUAAUUUUAUAAUAGGCAGGUCAUAAAAAACAUUAUUUUAGUUAAGAUUCAUAAUAUUUGUUCUCUGGUAAUGAGAGAAUGAAUGAACCUUUUGGAGAUACUGAUAUUAAGCAAUUUUUUUUUGCAAUACUGAAUGUGUUUUUUAGCUUGAUUUUUUUUUUUUUUUGCAGUAGGGCACUACCUAUCUCAUCUUGUAUUACUUUUUGAUGUAAAGCAACUAAUAUUUACACUAUGCCAUAUUUUUUUUAUUGUAGUUGUAAAUUAUGAACGAUCCUCGAAUUUUCUACAGAUCUACAACUACUAAAGUAACAGACAAGGGCAAUCUUGGUAUCUAAAUCUGAGCAUGGCAAUUCUACCAUAAAAAGUACUCUAUUUUUCUAAUUUCUAGGAUUUUUAAAAUAACAUUUCUGUACGUCUGACAUUAAUAUUUACUCAAGCUGUGUACCAUUUUAGUUUGCAUAUACUUCAUUGUUUUAAUUUAAUGUAAUGUAUUGAGUCUAACAGACUGUUUUACAAUAAUUAGAACAAAGGAUUUAUUUCUUCUAAUCAAAGAUGCAUAACAGCUCUUAUCUAGGGGACCAUCAAAUGUGAUUUCAAGAUUUUGUUAACUAUUUCAAAUAUAAUCCUUAUAUAGAAAUUUUAAUUUUGUAAAGUAGUGUAUAAUAUUGUAACAUUAAAUUCUUGUUUCAAAUUCAAAUAUGUAUUGAUCUUCAAUUGUGUUAAAUCUUGCUUCUCUUAAAUAUUAGAGACAAGAUUUGUCUUCCUUUUUACAGUUUGUAAUUUUCACUGUUUUAUUCCUGUAAAAAAAAGUCAUUUGUAACCCAUGCAAAUAAUCGUUUGAACUGUGCUAACUUAUCAAUUUGGCUAUUCAAUAAAGUUAUUGAAAGAGCUUA